UUUUUUCAUCAAGUAUGUUUAGUGUUUAGGUUAUUAAUAUCAUGCAAAGUAUGUUGAUAUAAUUAUUGAACUUUGUAAUUCAUAAUAAAAUUAGGCCAACGAAUAUAUAUUUAUAUUUAUUUUUUUAAAUUUAAUUUAUUAUAAAAAAAUAAUGAUGAAUUCAGAGACAGAAAUUCGUAAAUUAAGACCAGCAGAACUUUAUUCCCUUGCAAAAACUUUAAGUCCAGAUUCUUGGAAAAUUCUUAUGGGAAUUAUAACAAAACAUGGAUCACAAAAUCUUCCUAUGUUUACUAAGGAACAUCUUGAUAUUAUUGAAUUUACUGCAUUGAGGCAACAUCGACUGGCAGCUGAAAUUUUUUUAGAUGAAUGGUCAACGAUGGGACGCAAAAGACCUACGAUACGAGAGUUGAUAAAUUUAUUAGUUAAAGUAGAGUUAUUUAGAGCUGCUGAUUAUUUAGCUGUUAAUAUAUUAAAAGAGGAACCACCAAAACGUCCACCAACUGGUCCAGCAGCACCAGUUGAUAUUUUUAUAAAUUUUGAAGAUAUAUCAGAAAAUCAAAAUCCUGGUUAUCAAUCAACUGUUUUACAUGAUGCUCAAGAAGUUAAUUAUGCCGCACAAUUAAUUAACAACGAUAAUUUAAAACACAUAUAUGAAGAAGCGAAAUUUAAUAAUAUUGAAGAUGUGUCAAAAUUUCCAUUUAAUAGUAAAUCUGAUUUAAUGAAAUUUAGCACAAAGAGUUUGCCUGAGGAAAAUAAUGUUAAUAAUUAUAAAAUAAAAUACGGGAUUGAACAAGAGGACUUUAUUUUACCAAAUUUCAAAGAAUUAAAUAUAAAUCAAGUUGAUGAUAAAACAAACAAUCAAAAAGAAAUAACAUCAAAUAAUAUACAGGAUUAUAUAUUUCCAAAUUGUCCACAAGAUUUAUCAAUAUGUGAAACACCUUGUUCUUCAAAUUUAACCCAGUCUAGUGUUUAUACAAAAGAAAAUUCAAAUGUAACGUCUUAUGUAAGUGAAAAUUUACCAUUAGUUUUAAAAGAAAUUAAUAAACAAGAAAUAAAAAGUAAUGGUAAAGAAACAAAUAGUAAAUCAAACGACUAUUCACUUUCUGAAGAUUACUAUAAAAAUUUACCAAUACCUAUUUUAGAAUUAUGCAAACGAUGAUUUAUAAUAUAUAAAUAACAAAUGUAUAAAUUGUAAAUAUAACGUAAAAAUAUAUUUUUUAAUAUAUUAAUGUUGAAUAAAUUUUUAUUAAAUAUAUUUAUAAAACAAAUAAAUUUUACAAUAACAAUUAU